AGAUAGAAGGGAUGUUGCAGAAUUUGGUACUAUGAGAACAAGUACCAAACAACAAUUUCGUACUAUGAGAACAAGAACAAACAGGAACUGACAGGUUUUAGCUAGUUUUUACAGGCAUGUGUAGAUAUUGCCAAAUUCUUAAGUUUCUAAAUGACGUCAUCCUCCCAACAAAUUUCUUAAAUGAUGCCUUAGCAAACAAGCAAUUCUAUCCUAACGAUGUGUUUCUGAGUAAAAUGUUGACUCACUCAAAGGAUACAGAUUAGAAAGAGAGAGAAGAAAAUGCUCUGUGGGAGGGGCAGAGCUUUAUAAAACCAGUCAUCGCCAUGCCUGAACUCUUAACAAUUCUCAGAGGACCGUUUCUUGUCAGACAGAGAAUAACCAGAUUGAAACAAUGGAAGAACUUUACAAGGCAAACACAAUCUUUGCCCUCAGUUUCUUCAGCCAUCUGGCAAAUACAAGUGCUGCCACCCAGAAUCUCUUCUUCUCUCCAUGGAGCAUCUCCUCCACCAUGGCCAUGAUCUACCUGGGUGCCAGGGGCAACACUGCAGACCAGAUGGCCAAAGUGCUUCAGUUUAACAAAGGUGGAGACCACAAAGUCGCCCCAGACACCCAAGAGAUCUUCACCAGUUGUGAAUUCACACAGAAGAUCCAGAGGGGCACUUAUCCUGAUGCUAUUCUGCAGGCACAAGCUGCAGACACAAUCCAUUCAUCCUUCCGUUCUCUCAGCUCCGCCAUGAACACGUCCACAGGGGAGUAUUUAUUGGAAAGUGCCAAUAAGCUGUUUCGCGAUAAGUCUGCAAGAUUCAGGGAAGGAUACAUGCAGCUCUCCAAGAAAUAUUACUCUACAGAACCCCAGGCAGUUGACUUCCUAGAACGUGCAGAAGAUGCCAGAAAAAAGAUUAAUUCCUGGGUCAAGACUCAAACCAAAGGCAAAAUCCCAAACUUGUUACCUGAAGGUUCUAUAGAUGCAGAGACCAAGAUGGUCCUGGUGAAUGCUGUCUACUUCAAAGGAAAUUGGAAAACUCCAUUUCAGAAGAAAUUAAACAGGCUUUAUCCUUUCCGUGUGAACUUGACUGAGCGCAAAGAAGUACAGAUGAUGUUCUUGCAUGAAAAGCUGAACAUUGGAUACAUAGAAGACCUAAUGGUCCAGAUUCUAGAACUGCCCUAUGCUGGAUAUGUCAGUAUGUUCCUGUUGCUUCCAGAUGAAAUUGCUGAAUGUUCUACUGGCCUGGAGUUGCUGGAAAGUGAAAUAACUUAUGACAAACUCAACAAGUGGCUCAGCGAAGACACCAUGGCUGAGGAUGAUGUGGAGGUGUAUGUCCCCCGGUUCAAAUUAGAAGAGCAUUAUGAACUCAAGUCCAUUCUCAUGAGCAUGGGCAUGGAUGAUGCCUUCAGCCAGGGCCAAGCCAAUUUCUUAGGCAUGUCUGAAAAGAAUGACCUGUUUCUGUCUGAAGUGUUCCAUCAAGCCUCUGUGGACGUGAACGAGGGGGGCACUGAAGCAGCUGCUGGCGCUGGGGCCAUUAUGUCAGGGAGAACUGGCCAUGGAGGCCCACAGUUCGUGGCGGACCAUCCUUUCCUCUUCUUUAUCAUGCACAAGAUAACCAAGAGUAUCCUCUUUUUCGGCAGAUUUGCCUCACCCUAGUUUCCGUUUCUGCACAGGAUGCUGUACUGUGAGGUGUAAGCCUCAGAAUUGCUCUAAGCGCCGAAACUUUAGCAACCUUCUGUACAUAUUUCUGUUUUUCUGAACAACUUCUAUUACAGAGUGAAUAUAAAUACAGAAGUAGCGUGACAUCUGUCAGUCAUAACAUUACCACCCUGUUAAUCAUUUGGUCUCCUAAAAUGGGAGGAUAUCUCAUUUAGUUCUUCCUUACUCUUAGUUUAUUUUAUCGCAUUACCUUUUACUGUAUUAUUUAUUAUUUUAUAUAAUGGCUUUUUAUUAUUGUUCACUGUCUAGUGUAGCUGAUACAGUUACAGAAGCAUGUCAUCACUUAUUUUUCUUUCUAAGGAAAUGCACUUAUUUGUUCUUAUAAUGAAGGACGAGCAGGUGUCCUUCCAUGCCCUUCUGUGAUAAAAACCUAGAAGAAAGCAUUGAACAAUAGGAAAAUAUAAGUGGUGUGCAUUUCUAGCAUUAUGUAUCACAUAGAUGUGUCCGUAACUUAUGGAAGGUUGUGAAUAUAUAAAAUAUAGACAUGUUUCCACACAA